AGUUGUGGUAGCCUAGGUCUGUGCGCGUGUUUUCGCCUAGUGUGAUUGUUGUAGGGUUUUGCGGAGUGUAAAACAGCUAAAUAUUAAUCAUUUCAUCGGUGCGUCAUACUACAUACAAAGAUAUAUCACGAAAUUAGCCCACAAUGGCAGAGCUCCAUGGAGACCGUAGCUAACCGAGGAGCUGUGACUAAGCAUGGCCCAGUGACACAACUCCAGGUAGUGCCACGAAAGCGUGUGAAGGAGUCUCAGUGAGUGCUUUGUGUCUGCUGUCGCUUUUAUGGAAGGUAUACAUCGGCGAUAUAUCGUUGACUGUGUUUAUAUGUGAGAUGUGACGGCGAGGUGUUGUGGCGAUGGCUUGUGGUCCCGUGGUCGACGCGAGGAAAUCAGUAGUGGUGAAAAUAGCGCGCGUUCUAAUUUGAGCUUUCCUCCAGCGCCUCCUUCCAAGAUGAAUGUUUACACCUUCUUCUGGAUCGUAGUGUCAGGUCUUAUACAGUGUGGAGCCCUCUCGCCCCUGAAGCCGCCCACUCUCCUUCGCCUUGGGUCACACGACUGGGAGUUCACGGAUGAUGAACUUGUGAACAGCACUUUCCACCGUCUCAAAGUGGAUAGUGACGAUGAUGACGACGACAUCACCUUCUCCUUGGACAGUCCGGAUGGCAUCCACAACUUCUUCAGAGUGGAUGAGGAUGGGCGUGUCUUCAUCGCGAAGCCGUUAACAGAGGCGGUAGGCGACCACAUCCUCCUGGUCCGAGUCCACAACGGCCAAAGCACUUCCACGACACACAUUCGCAUCAGAGUCAGGAAGAAGGGAGAGCCCACCAAGAAGGCGCCCGUGGUCAACAGGCCGCCCACGUUCCCCAGCGGGCCCCCGCCCUUUGGCCAACCGGGGGGGAAUUUUGCGGGCGCGGGGACUCCGUUUAACUUCCCGCGAAUAUCGGUGGAGGGCCCCCGCCGCCCACUGCGUUCGGGCCGUCGGAGGACCCUCCUCCCUUCAUCACCGUGGACCCCAACUGGUUCGUGAAAUCGGACGCGGGUAUAGGAACCGUGGUGGGGAAUAUCCGCGUGGUGGACCUCUCCUACAACGGCUUCAACGUCACCCUCCAAGGAUAUGCGAAGGACCUGCUCCAUGUGGACUCCCAGGGCGGAGAUGUGACCGUGGCGCGACCCCUUUUAUGUUGAUGGUA